GUUUCACGGAAGUGGGUAUGGGCGGCUUGGCCUGUUUUGUUGAGGGAGGUUCGGGCAUUAUUUUACUUACACCACCUCCCCACAAAGAGGGGGAGAAAAUUCUCCCGCUUUGGGUGUCCCGCUCGUUUCUCUGUGUAUUUUUUUUAUCUUGAGUUUUGUUUAAAGUUUAUUGUUAACUAGGGUGAGCAGACCUGUGGGGUUUAACAUAUGAGCGUUUCACUUGUGGCCGUACGUCUGGAGCUGGCGAACCACUCGCACCAUCCGGAGGGUUUCGAGUAUUGCGCUGUAACUAUGGCAGACGAUGAAAGUAAAGAGAAGAAAUCGCUCAGUUCAGCAAAGCUCUUACUGGAGGGUAAAACAACUGGAGAAAAAUCCAAUAUCUUGCAUCAACACAUUGGUCGUAGAGAGAUGAGAGACAUGGUAAUUGAAACUAUAACCUCCAGCAAAGACAAAGAUACUGUGGAUUGUGUACUGAAAUCAGAGCAAAAGACCAUUUGUGGCACCAACCCUCUGGAAAAAGCAAGUACUGCUGAUCCAAAUGAAAACAAUAAAGUGUGCAAAGAUCAAAGUGGUAAUGCACCAGACUCGCCAUCCAAACAGCUGCCUGACCAAAUUUCUUUCUUUAGUGGGAAUUCAUCAGUUGAAGUAGUACAUGGAAUCAUGCAUCUCUACAAAACUGACAAGAUGACAUCCUUAAAAGAAGAUGUGAGACGAAGUGCCAUGUUGUGUAUCCUUACAGUCCCUGCCACCAUGACCAGCCAUGAUCUUAUGAGAUUUGUUGCACCAUUUGAUGAUUCAAUUGAACACAUGAAAAUAAUAAGGGAUUCAACCCCAAACCAAUAUAUGGUUCUUGUCAAAUUCUGUUCACAGGCGGAAGCAGACAGCUUUUAUACUGCCUGUAAUGGUCGGCAAUUUAAUUCAAUUGAGGAUGACGUUUGCCAGCUGGUAUAUGUGGAAAGGGCUGAGGUCAUCAAAUCUGAGGAUGGAGCCAGUCUUCCUGUAAUGGGUGUAACUGAGUUACCACCAUGCAUUGUGUGCCUUGAAAGAAUGGAUGAGUCUGUAAAUGGUGUUCUCACAAUUCUCUGUAAUCAUAGCUUUCAUAGUCAUUGCUUGCAACACUGGGAGGAUACAACGUGCCCAGUUUGCAGGUACUGCCAGACCCCAGAACCAGUUGAAGAAAACAAAUGUUUUGAGUGUGGAGUUCAGGAGAACCUGUGGAUUUGUUUGAUAUGUGGACACAUUGGAUGUGGUCGAUAUGUCAGUCGUCAUGCAUAUAAACACUUUGAAGAAACACAACAUACGUAUGCCAUGCAGCUCACUAAUCACAGAGUUUGGGACUAUGCAGGAGAUAACUAUGUUCAUCGUUUGGUGGCCAGUAAAACGGAUGGAAAGAUUGUCCAGUAUGAGUGCGAGGGUGACACUUGUCAAGAUGAAAAGAUUGAUGCUCUUCAAUUAGAAUAUUCAUACCUCCUGACGAGUCAGCUAGAAUCUCAACGCAUCUACUGGGAAAACAAAAUAGUACAUUUGGAGAAGGAUGCAGCAGAGGAGAUCAAUAACAUGAAAAUAAAAUUCAAGGAAACCAUUGAAAAGUGCGACAGUCUAGAGCAGAAGUUGAAUGAGCUAAUGAAAGACAAACAAGUUCUUGAGAGAAAGUGUUCUCAACUGAACAACAGAGUUUUGAAAUUAGGCACUGAACUGAAAGAGGAACAAGAAAUGAACAAAUGCUUGCGAGCUAAUCAGAUCCAGCUACAAACCAAACUGAAGGAAGAGGAAAAGAAGCUGAAGGAUACAUGUGAUGAGAAAGACAGGCAGAUUACAGAGGUGCAGGAGCAGCUGCGAGAUGUCAUGUUUUACCUGGAGACUCAGCAGAAAAUCAAUCAAAUGCCAGCCGAUACCCGACAGGAGAUUCAAGAGGGUCAGAUAAAUAUUGCAGUGGCAUCUGCUGCAUCGUCACCUGGAGCCAUAACCAAACAGACCUCCAGGAGAGGAAGAGGAAAACGGAGCAAAUAGUUGAGCUUUCUCAUUUUUGAAAGAGGAAGGAAAAAAAAACAAAAACAAAACCUCCUGGGAGGUGUGUGUGUAUAUUUGCUUAUUUUCAAUGCUACUACCAUACUUCUGUUAUCUAUGAUUCUAUAUUCAAGAAUUGCCAGUUUUUUUGGCAGUUGGCUAUAUUCUGCAUUGUGCAGAAAAAUUAUUUAAUACAACACUAUUGAUUUAUAUUUGCUGGUAUUAUAGCUUAAGUGUAUGAGCUAUGCAAUUGAAAAGGUUUUGCAAAACAUGUCAAAUGUGCAGGACAUCUCAAACUACUUGAGUUUCAUGAUUAAUCCACAAUAAUUUAUGGCCAACGGACAUUAGCAUUAAAGUUAUCUAUCUUAAUGCUUUUCAGUUUUCUUCACAUUCACAAGUUAGCUCAUAGAUCUACAAAUCCAGCAUUUAGAUACUAUUUUGAUUAUAGGCAGUAUGAUUUAAGUGAAAAUAGCAAUCUUUCAAAUCUGCUCAGAAUGCAUACCUGAAACAUUGUAGAAUCUAAAAGUCUAUUUAAAUCGUGUUUUUGCACCUUUAUUGCUGACCAGUGUUAAUUUGGGUGAAAACAUUGUAUUCAUUUGGAAUUUCAGCACAACAAUCACCAAAUUAAAGAUGUGCUAAUCUCUCUCAGAUGUUAGAGAUCUAUGUGAAAUAAAUUUGGGCAGUUUAAAUUUAAGUGCAUAGGAAAAAAUGUCCACAAUUCAACAUUAAUUGCAAAUUUCACUUAUAAGCUGGAUAAUUUGGCUAAUGAGACAGUCAUGGUAGUUAAUGGAACACUUAAUGGUAGUGGAGCCUGCAUUUAAAGUAAUAUGCCUGACUGUAAGUUAUUAAUGUUCACAUUUGGAAAAAGUUAGAGAUUGCUUAAUGUUAGAACCCCAUGUGAAAAGAAUCAAAACGCAGAUAUAUAAAGAAAAUUACUGAACUGCUGUUUGCAGUUAAUUGAAAGAAUGAGGGUUCAUCAAAUUAACUAAAUUUAUAAGCUUUUAACUUUGAAAUCUAGAAACUAAAGUAUUCUUGAAAGCCGACAAACCAUAUCUGUAUAUGCACUGACUUUUACAGUUAGAUUUUUUGACAUUUAAAUCCACAUUUUUCCCCACUGCAUCUAGCAAAUUAACUGUUGACAAGAACAAUAAGAGCAAGAACACAUGUAAGAUAAAAGAAUGGUGAGCAGCAGAGAAAAUUCCAGAAUAAAAGAUGAGCUAUGCUUCACCAUUGAUCACAUACUCAAAUAUUAAACUGUACAUCCCACUUAUGUCUCCAAAUGUUGCUUCACUUGUGUCAGUGGCCAUUGCAACUUAUUUCUAUCUGUAGCACUCGGUUCUUCCAUUCUGCAAUAAGUUGUCCUUGAUUUGUAAGAGAUUUUAUUUCUAAUGAACAUGUUUUAGUUCUUUCUGAAUGACUUAACAGCUAACAUCUUUUUGUAAGGCCAGCAUCAGAUGGAAUUCUGUGAUUGCUGUGAACAAUCGCACUUUGAUAAAAAGAUUGUGAGAUUAUUAAUAUAUUAUGUAAUUUAAUUUAAAGCAAAAGGAAGCCUUUUCAAUUUAUGUACUUUAUUUUUGAUCUGACCUUAAUUCAGAAGUCAUUAACAUCUUGCAGUUUGUAAAGAAGCCGAAAGAUAUAGAUUUAUUUUAUGCUUUUUGAAUUGAUCUGAUUAUAAUGAUUAAAUAUUAUGAACGAUAGCUGAAGUUAAACAGCUGUAGAUUGAUGGGUAUUGUGUAAAUUGCCAAGCAGGUAUAGUCAAGAUUUUUUUUCCUGUUCAAGAAAUCCUUGUUAUCUAUCUUUAGGGACUAUUAGUGCUCACCAUUCUUAAUUACACUGCACAAGAAGGCAGUUUACUAAACUUUUUUUAAGGGUGUUCUGCAACAAAUUUCUCUCAAGAAAAAUGCCGGUGUAAAUUAUCUGCAGCAAAACCAUGGUCUCUCAAUGGAGGUAUUAAUAUAACAUUUUGUAAAAACAUCCUACACAUUUUUUUGAGAGCUGUUCAAUCUUGAAGUGCAAAAUGAUGCAUUUUGGGUCAAACUCUUCAAUUUGGAUCACUGUAUUUUAAUUUUACAUAGUGUCUAAUUUGGUCGAUUUGAUCUAAUUUCAAUAAACUGAGCAAUAAUCCUGUCAUAAAUGUGAAUAAGGCAGUAGAACAUUAAUUUUGUCUGUUCAGUAUGAAUAAGACUUUGUUGAAGCUUUUCUUGUGAGAUACUAUUAAAGGAUUGUUUUAAACAGAAUAAAAAUUGUUCCACAGUAAAUGUA